AUGGCUUCCCUACCGAGCACCCAGAAGGGCGUCGUGAUCAACAAGACGGGCGGUACCGACGUCCUCGAGUACAAGACUGACUUGCCCGUCCCCGCCCCCGCCGCCGGCCAGGUCCUGGUUAAGAACGACUACCUCGGCAUUAACUACAUCGAUACGUACUUCCGCACCGGUCUAUACAAGCCGGCGCAGUUCCCGUACGUUCUCGGUCGCGAGGCCGAAGGGACCAUUGUUAAGGCGGGCGGCGGAGAGCUUUAUGGGCUGAAGGAGGGCGAUAGGGUGGUCUGGUUGGGCGAGGCCGCUUAUGCCGAGUACACUGCCGUCCCUGCCGACAAGGUGUACAAAAUCCCGGACGGCAUCCCUCCUAAGGUUGCCGCUGCCGCUCUUCUCCAGGGCCUCACGGCGCUGUCCCUCGUGCGCGAGGCGUACCACGUCGAGAAGGGCGACUGGGUGCUUGUGCACGCUGCCGCCGGUGGCACUGGGCUGCUCCUCGUGCAGCUGCUUAAGGCGAUCGGGGCCAAUACGAUCGGCACGGCGUCGACGCCGGAGAAGGUGGAGCUCGCCCGGCGCGCGGGGGCAACCCACGUGAUCAACUACAGCGUCGAGGACGUCAAGGCCAAGGUGCUCGAGUUGACGGGCGGCGCCGGAGUGGCCGCAGUGCUCGACGGCGUCGGCAAGGCGACCUUCGACCUGAGUCUCGAGUCUGUCGCGCGCAAAGGUACGCUCGUGUCGUUCGGCAACGCGUCGGGUGCCGUCCCCCCUUUCGCGAUCGCGCGGCUGUCGGCGCGCAACACACGCCUCUUGCGACCGACCCUGUUCAACUACAUCGCGACGCGCGCCGAGUUCGAGGCCUACGCCGCCGACCUGUUCGGCUUCGCGGCGCGUGGUGAGCUUGACUUCCGCAUUCACGACACGUACCCGCUCAGUGAGAUCGCGCGUGCGCACGCCGACCUCGAAGGCCGCCGGACGGCGGGGAAGCUGCUGCUGGACCCGACGAAAUAA